UCUCAACUGUUCAUUGCGGUUCACCGCGCGCUGUAGUGAGAAGAGAUAUCGUGAUGAGUGUUUGUGAUAUAAUGAAAGUGCCGGCAGGAAAGUGACACCAAUAAAGAUGUUGACAUUUAAGCAUCAGUCACAAGUAUAAUAAAGACUGUGUGACUUCAUGAUGAUAUUCAAGCAGACUUUUACUGUUAUCAAGAGAAUAUCAAGAUUACACUCCACACAGCCUGUUAAUGGAAAACUGCAUUCAUCAAGGAGAUAUGCAAAAUAUGGUUUGUUUGUACUGGCUGUGGGAGGAGCUGCUACAGCUUACUCACUACAAACUGAACAAGAAAAGAGGGUCCUGAGGGUAGCUGUGAGUGGGGUGGGCAGAUUUUUGAGAUCAUUGCGAGUGGGCCUGAAGAUCUCAUUUGAUUAUUGGUGGUCUUUACAUGGCCUGGAUGAAAUGUCGGACGAAUAUGUUGAGGCACUGAAACCAAUUCACCAGAGAGCUGCAGAUAGUAUUCUGGAUGGCUGUCUGAAGAAUGGUGGACUUUAUGUCAAACUGGGUCAAGGUCUUGUCUCAUUAAACCACAUUUUGCCUCGCGAAUAUCUCGAAACGCUUAAGGCCCUUCAGGAUAAGUGCUUGACUCGUGAAACAGGGGAAGUUCUUCAGUUAUUUAUGGAAGACUUUGGAAAACCACACACAGAGAUAUUUGAAACUUUUGAUGAGGAACCUAUAGCAGCAGCUAGCCUUGCCCAGGUGUUCCGAGCUACCACUAAGAAUGGUGAAGAAGUUGCGGUGAAAGUGCAAUACAUCGAUCUGCAGGACAGGUUUAUAGGAGAUAUACUAACGAUAAAAUUUCUUCUGAAGUUGAUUGGUUGGAUGCACCCAAAAUUUGACUUUGAGUGGGUACUGUUGGAAUUGAGGGACACACUAGAGCAAGAACUUGAUUUUUUAAAUGAGGGGAAAAAUUCGGAAAGAUGUGCAAGAGACCUGUCACAUUUCCCAUUUGUUUACGUACCUAAGGUUUACUGGAAUUUAAGCAGCAAAAGGGUGCUCACUACGGAAUUCAUACAUGCUACUAAAGUGAAUGAUGUACAAGGACUGCGGAAUUAUGGCUUUUCUCUUUCAGAUGUCGAUGAAAAGCUUUUCAGAGCAUUUGCUGAACAAAUAUUUCACACUGGUUUCGUUCAUGCUGAUCCACAUCCAGGAAAUGUGCUUGUUCGUAAAGGAAAGAAUGGGAAGGCUGAACUUGUGCUGUUAGAUCAUGGUUUAUAUGAAUAUUUACCAUCGACUAUAAGACAGUCAUUAUGUAAACUAUGGAAGUCAAUUGUUAUGAACGAUCACCCAAGUAUGAAAAGGUAUGCAGCUGAACUUGGCGUUAAAGAUAAUUACCGUCUGUUCUGUAUCGCAGUAGCCCAGCGCCCAAUUUCUCAACCAAAAUCUAAAGAGAAGGAUGUUUUCAGUUUAUUCUAUGAUAAACGAGGUGGACAACUGUCAGCCAAAAAGUUCUACAAACUGCCUAAGGAAGAGAGAGAAAGAAUACGCAGAGAAAUUGCUAUUAUUGAAGAUCAUAUGCUAACAAUUUUUAGAAAUAUCCCAAGUAAAGUCAUAUUGGUUCUUAGGAACAUAAACACAAUAAGAGCAAUAGCAAAAGAGCAUGGCGAUCCUGUUGACCGCUACACUGUGAUGGCUAGAAGUGCAACUCAAGGUGCCUUUAAAUUUGAAGGAGCUGGCCUCUCCCAUAAAGUCUUGGCCUUCAGAGAAAGGACAUCUUUUGAAAUGAAAUUAUGGUAUGGUCGGUUAAGGUACGCACUGCUCCAGUACAUAAUAAGAAUUUUACAACUAUUUGGAAGAGCACCAGAUGCCAUAGUUGGAGCAAUGAAUGCAUAAAUCGAACAGUUGUGAUACCAAAGUUACUAUUUACUAUGUACAUCAGUGUUCAGUAUAUUGGAGAUCAGUGCAAAUGAUGUGUUAUAAUUUUGAUACCUCACUUUGCCAUAUAUUUUAUCUCAAACUAUUCAACAAAUGUUAUUGUUAUAUUCUUGUAAACGGCUUUAAAGAAAUAAUAAAAUUUUAGUAAUCAUUUUUGUAAA